AACAAAUCAAUUAGAUUUACAAAUUAAAACAAGUCAAGAUUUAAAUAUCUCAAAUAAUAAUAAUUUAACUUUUGAAAAUAAGCUUGAUUUACUUACAAAGAUUCUUUUUAAGAAGCAAAGAAAAUUAAAUCAUUCAAUAGAAUUAGAUCCUGUCAAAUUUUCAAAAUUAAUUGCACAAUCUAAUUUUCAACUUGAUGGAUUUUUUUUGAUGAAAUUUUUAAUGCUUUAA